AUGUUGGACAGCAGAACGCAAAAAUAUGACAGGCAAUUGCGACUUUGGCAAGCGCACGGCCAAGCUGCCCUGGAGAGUUCCAAAAUAUGUCUUUUGAAUGCGACAGCGGUCGGGAGCGAAAUUCUCAAGAACCUCAUCUUGCCUGCUAUCGGAUCGUUUACAGUCGUCGAUGACAAGCUGGUGACCCAAACCGACCUCGGGAACAACUUCUUCCUUCUUCCGGAAAGUGUCGGGCAAUCACGAGCGCGAGUGGUGACCGACCUCCUAAAAGAGCUCAACGAGGAAGUGCAGGGGGAAGCCAUCGAAGAGAACCCGCAAAACCUAAUAGACCAGUCUCGCCACUUCUUUGAACAAUUCACGCUGGUAGUCGCUAGUGAGUUGACCGAGGAGUACACGCUCAAACUUGCCGACCUUUGUUGGGAGUUCAAUGUGCCGUUCGUUACGGUGAAGGUGCAUGGGUUCAUUGCGUAUGCGAGGAUUCAGUGCCGUGAACAUACAGUGGUCGAAUCACAUCCGGAGCAAAUCGUCGAUCUGCGGCUGGACUGCCCAUUCGAGAGCCUGCAAGCGUUCGCAUCGUCCAUCGACUUUGAACAACUGGAUUCCAUGGCGUACGGGCACAUCCCAUAUGUCAUCAUCCUUCUGAGAUGCCUGGAAGAAUGGAAAGCAUCGCAUGAAGGGCAUCUCCCGCUGAACAGCACCGAAAGAGCGGCAUUCAAAGAUCUGAUCCGGAGUAAACAACGCGCGGGUCUCGCGGAAGAGCAGAACUUUGAGGAGGCCCUGGCUGCUGCAUAUCGUGCAUGGGCGCCUACCACGAUACCAUCCUCUAUCAGCGCCAUCCUGAACGACUCUGCCGCCGAUGUCAUCACGCCGAACACGCCAGACUUUUGGAUCAUAGCGAGGGCCGUGCGGGAUUUCGUUGCUCACGAGGGUAAAGGCCACCUCCCUCUCGCAGGCACCGUCCCUGACAUGCAUGCCGACACCGACUCCUAUGUCAAACUGCAAACGAUAUACAAAGCAAAAGCCCGCGAAGACGCCGCCGCAGUCGCCACCCGCGUCAAAUCCCUAGUCGAGCUCUCCAAGCGCUCCAACCCGAUCUCCACCCCCGAUAUCGACCGCUUCUGCAAGAACGCCGCGCAUCUCAGACUUAUCCGGUAUUCGUCUAUACAUGAGGAGUAUGCGCAUACGAGUCCUGGGCUCAAACAGCUGGGCAACUGGCUGUCAGAUCCAGACGACAACAUCGUCUGGUAUGUCCUCUUCAGGGCCGCGGAACGGUUUCGAGCAGUGAACGGACGAUAUCCAGGUGAACUUUCGACGCCCACUUCAGCAAAAACGGAUAUCGCGGGCCUACGAGAGUCUCUAAACGCCUUUCUAAACCAAAGCGGGCUCGAGACGACGGUUGUAGGCAACGAGUUCAUCGAAGAAUUCACACGCGCAGGAACCUCCUCUCUCCACUCCAUAGCCUCCCUCCACGGCGGCAUCGUCGCGCAGGAGAUCAUCAAGCUGCUCACGCAUCAAUACGUGCCGCUGGACAACACCGUCAUUUUGAACGGGAUAAAGAGCACCACUUCAGUUUACCGAUUGUGA